UCACUAUAUAAAAGCCCUUAGCAGGGUUUAGGUUAGGGCAGUGGCAGAGCAAUGGGCGUCCGGGAAGACGAUGAUUACGAGCGGGACGACGAGGGAGAAGAAGAAGAAGAGGAAGCGCCCGAGAGAUUGGACGAUGAUGACGAAGACGAGGAAGAGGGACAGGAUGAAUACGAGAAGGAUGAUUUUAUAAUCGAUGGAGAUGAGGAGGAGGAAGAGGAACCGGAGGAAGCAGAGGAUGAUGCCCGGCAAGCGACUGACGAGGAAGAGCGAGUCAAGAAGAAGAAACGAAAGAAGAGGUUUGAGUUUGCUUUGUGUCUUCGAAUGUAGUUUUCAAGCCGUGCUUGUGCCUCUAGAGAGCACAAUGAUCAACUGGAUGAAGACGAUUACGAUCUCCUGGAGGAGGCAAGCGUCCGGUUUAAGAGGCCUUCCCAGUCGGAAAAUAAAAAGUUUAAGAGACUUAAGAAAGCGAGAACAGAGGGAGGUGCUGUCGGCCUUUCUGAUGAAGAGGAGGACGAGGAAGGAGGAAGGCGAGGGCGCACAGCUGAAGAGGCCCUUAAGUACACGCUUUUUGGUGAUGACGAAGGUGUCGCUCCUGAAGAUGUUGCUGAAGAAGAGCAAGGGGAGGAUGACCUUGGCGAAGAGGACGAAAUGGCUGACUUUAUCGUUGAUGAAGACGAGACAGACGAGAAUGGUCAGCUUCUGAGAACUAAGAGGCCCAAAAAGAAGAAGUAUUCCCGGCAAGCACCAGGAAUAUCAUCAAGUGCCCUUCAGGAGGCUCAGGAAAUUUUUGGUGAUGUGUCGCAACUGCUGGAGGACCGGCGCAUACGUGUUUCCGAAGCAGAAAGAGAAGAAGGUGCCCAUGACGAGGAUGAUGCUGGUCGAGGAAGACUUGCGAAGGAAUUUGAGCCGAGUGUUUUGGAAGAGAAGUACAUGACAGAAAAUGACGACCGAAUUCGUGAAACGGACAUUGCUGAAAGGCUUCAGCCCAUGGCUGAAAUUAUCCUCCCACUUCCACAAGCGGAGAUUGCUAGGGAGGCAGAAUGGGUUUACGAACGGGCAUUUGGCAAGUUUGCUCUUCCUGAUCAGAGGCCGGAGUUACAACAUGUUGUAAAUACCGACAAGGUAGAGGUGAUCAAGCAAAUAGCAAACGUCAUACAGCUGCUUCAUGAAGUAGAGGUCCCUUUCAUAGGGAUGUAUCGUAAGGAGAUGUGCAAAGAUCUUAUCUAUGAGGAACAAGAGUCAAUAGACGCAGAUGGGGACGAAGCAAGACCAACUCUUCGGCAUUAUAAAGUGCUUUGGAUAGUACAGUAUUGGGAUAAGAAAUGGUUGCUACUUCAGCGACGAAAGUCGGCCCUUAAAGAUGCUUAUGUAAAGCGUGCUGGUGAUCAGAACGCCGAGUUUCUUAGUAGGAUACUCGAGUCUCUUAUGGACGCGCCGUCCGAGCAAUGUGUUGACGACAUCGACGCAAAGUUUAAUCUCUACUGUCCACCCGAUGAAGUUGAGGUCGAGGAAGGGAAGUUUCGACGGCCAAAACGUCGUUCCUUCUACAGUGUCUGCCGCAAACAUGGUCUGGGAAGCGUUACCCAGUUUUUCGGUUUGAGUCCAGACCUGUUUGGAGACAAUCUUCUGAACAUGUACAAGAAACACGAGUUUGAUGAUGCUACUUCCACGCCCGAUGAAAUCGCUGCUACCCGUCUAGCAGGAGAAUUCUCCGAUAUUCAAUCUGUGCUUCGUGGAGCAAGGCACAUGGCAGCCGUGGAGAUAAGUGCCGAGCCCGCUGCACGUGAAUAUAUAAGGAACUUUUACAUGGACAGAGCUGUUGUGACCACAAAGCCCACGGUCGAGGGAAAUCGAGUUAUAGAUCCCUUCCAUCAAUAUGCGGACGUUAAAUGGCUUCUGAACAAACCAGUAAAAGCUUUUGAAGAUGGACAGUGGUUGUUGAUACAAAAGGCUGAAGAGGAAAAACUUUUGGAGGUCAGCAUUGGGAUACCGAAGGAUGCAACUGCUACACUCUUUCAAGAGUUUGAGCCGUUGUAUCUAAGUGAUGGGGUCAGUAUAACAGCUCAGCUGUGGAAUGAGCAGCGGAAACAGAUUCUCAGGGAUGCGGUUUCAACAUUUUUACUUCCGUCUAUGGAAAGGGAGACGAGGGUGGUUUUGACGGGCAGAGCUAAACAGUGGGUGGCUACGAACUGCGCGGAUCAGCUUUGGAAAUGGAUAUCUGUUGCUCCAUAUCCACGGCCAGGUGAACAAGACGACCGAGAUGAAGAAGGCGCACGUGUAUUGGCAUGCUGUUGGGGACCGGGAAAGCCUGCUACGGCUUUUGUUAUGCUCGAUUCGGCUGGUGAAAUAAUCGACACUCUUCAUGCCGGUUAUUUGACUGUCCGAACUGGGAGCUAUGAGCAGCAGCAAAGAAAGAAAAAUGAUCAGCAACGUCUAUUGCAGUUCAUGACGGAGCACCAGCCACAUGUGGUGGUUCUUGGAGCAGCCAAUAUGAGUUGCCGCUUCCUGAAGGACGACAUUUUUGAGCAAGUGAUUUUUAAGAUUGUAGAAGAGCAUCCGCGUGACCUUGCGGACGGCAUAGAUAUGAUACCGCUGGUUUAUGGUGACGAGACCAUUCCUCGGCUUUACGAGUAUUCUCGCGUGUCCGAAGAGCAGCUUCAGCAGCAGCCAGGAAUUGUGAGGCGUGCUGUUGCUCUAGGCCGCUAUCUCCAGAACCCGCUGGCAGUAGUGUCAUCCUUGUGUGGCCCUUCCAGGGAGAUUUUGUCUUUGAAGCUACAUCCUCUUCAAAACUUUCUCACUCCUGACGAGCUGUAUGAAGCAGUGGAGAGGGUGAUGGUGACGGUCACAAAUCAAGUUGGGGUGGACGUGAAUAUGGCUGCGUCACACGAUUGGCUUUUCGCACCGCUGCAGUUUGUGGCUGGUCUUGGACCAAGGAAGGCCGCUUACAUCAAACGCGCUAUUCAGGGUGCCGGGCGGGUGAGCUCACGGAAGGAGAUGCUUACCUCGCUAGAGCUGAUGAAGCGGAACGUUUUCAUCAAUGCCGCUGGUUUCAUCAGGAUCCGGGGCUCUGGUCAAGUUCCUUCUGGGACCCUUGAUCCUCUGGAGGACACGAGAAUCCAUCCUGAGUCGUACGACCUCGCCAAGAAGAUGGCAGAAGAUGCUUACUGCGAAGAACAUGGAGAGACAGCAGACGAAGAAGCACUUGAGCUGGCUGUGGAGCAUGUUCGAGACCAUCCCCGGGUUUUACGGAACCUGGUUAUCGAGGAGUAUGCCAAAGUUGUUCAAGAGAGGGGGGUCUCUGGGAAGAAGCUGGAGACGCUGAUGGAUAUUAAACGUGAACUCCAACAUGGCUACCAGGACUGGCGUGUCAAGUACAUGAGCCCCGAGCCCGACGAAGUCUUCUAUAUGCUUUCGCAAGAAAGCGAAGAGACUUUGUGUGAAGGGAGAAUCAUCCAAGCGACCGUGCGGAAAGUGCAGCAGAACAAGGUGAUGGUGGUUCUGGAAUCGGGGCUGAUAGGAUUUAUCAGGAGGGAGGACUUGUCAGAUGACCGGGACGUUGAUCCGGCCGACAAGGUGGCCGAAGGUAGUAUACUCACCUGCAGGAUCAAAGAGGUUCACAAAGCCAAGUUUCUAUUGGAUUUAACGAGCAAGGGAAGUGAUUUAAGAGGAGAUCACUGGAUACCGGGGCGGCCAAGAGAUCGCUACUAUCAGGUGAACCCGACUUUCUUCCAGGAUGAAGAAGAGAAAGCAAGGAAGAAAGUCGAGGAACAGAAGCACAAGACAUUUAAGGCCCGGAUGAUUGUCCAUCCCCAGUUUCGAAAUAUAUCGCUGCUAGAGGCCACGCAGUCACUGGCUGACAAAGAGAUUGGCGACGGGAUCAUUCGCCCCAGUAGCAAAGGACCGUCUCACUUGUCAAUGACGCUGAAGUUCUAUCCUAAUGUGUUCACUCACAUAGAGAUAGUUGAAGGUGGUAAGGACGUGAGCAGCAUGACAAGUCUCCUCCGCCUUGGGAAAACGCUCAAGAUCGGAGAAGAUACGUUUGAAGACCUGGACGAGGUUAUUGCUCGCUAUGUCGAUCCUCUGGUUGGCCACUGGCGAGAAAUGUUUCGCUAUCGGAAGUUUAAGCAGGGGACGAAGGAGGAAGUAGACAACAUCUUGCGAGCUGAGAAGGAAGCAAACCCGGCUCGCAUACCAUACUACUUCUCGGUGUGCUACGAGCACCCAGGAGUCUUCACUCUGUCCUACCUCAAGAGCAUCAACGUCCACCACGAGUAUGUCAGCGUUUCUCCCAAAGGCUUCCGGUUCAGGCACAGAUACUUGGACACUCCAGACAAGCUGGUGGCAUACUUCCAGAAGCACAUCAAUGAUCCCGUGCCCGAGGCUCCUCCACGGCGUGCUGCCGCUGCUAUGGUACCGUCUGGCGACCCCAGAAAAGCUGGCAGCAGAGGCUGGACAGACAACAGAGGUGGUGGCUCUUCGAGAGGGGGAUGGGACAACUCUCAAGGUGGUGGUGGUGGUGGUGGUGGCUAUGGAAGAAGCGGCGGUGGAUGGGAUCAAGAUAGACGAGGCGGAUGGGAUCGCGAUCGAGAUAAAGGAGCUGCUGCCGCUGCUGCUGUUCCUGCUGGCGGAGAUCACUGGUCAUCCUGGUCGAAGGGUGGUAACUGGGGAGCUCAACAACAACAGCCACAACACCAUGACAAUGGAUGGGGGCAACAGCAGCAACAGCAACAAACUGAUGAUGGAUGGGGGGGGAGCUCGGGUGGCGGAGGCGGAUGGUAGCUCCUCGAUUUGGCUGUGUAAAUAAUCAACUUAUAGAGAUCGGUACGUGACUUGGAAAAGUGAGUACAUUCCCGAGAAAAAAAAAAGAAGAUCAAAGCGAACUCGCCUUUUUUUGUGAUUUGAUCUUCGGAUAUAUUACAGCCAUUCUCUCGGGUUCUUGCAUGCGUCGAGCAAAUUCCACUCUUCGCUCCCUUGAACAGGUUGCUAUAAGCAAACACAAAAGUUCCAUAGCAUAUAAGUUAAA